UUUCUUCCCAACAUUAUUACUUACAAACAGUUUUCCGCGAUUUUCGUUGUUACUGUUGUGCCGCAAUAUUACCUGACGCAUAUCACACGAAUAGCGCGAGAUUGCGAUUUUACUUUCUCCUAAUUUUCAAUGCGCGUUUCUGGGUUUUAGGUUACAGUACUGUCAAUCGCAAUCUCUAAACCAAGCGCGUGUUUAUCCUAAUAUAUAUAUAUAUAUAUAUAGGUAUGGUAGAAGAUAAAAAAUAUGAGGUUUCAAGCCGUAUCGAGUGUGACGGAUAUCGGGGUACAGUGAAAUACGUCGGACCUGUGGGAAACACAAAAGGAGAGUGGUUGGGUAUAGAUUGGGACGAUUCGACUCGUGGCAAGCAUAAUGGCACAUACGAAGGAAUAGAAUAUUUUCAAGCCAGACAUUCCACAUCAGGCUCUUUUAUACGACCAGGCAAAGUUAAGUUUGGAAUAUCUUGUCCACAAGCCAUCAAAAUGCGUUACGGAUUGAUUGAUGAUGAAUUAGCAGGAAUUGACAGGGAUGAAGUGUUGAGUCUAAGGAAAGAAAUCAAUGCGCCUUUCUUAGAUUUUGUUGGUUUCUCUAAAGUAAAUAAGAAGCAAAGUAAAUUUGAUCAAUUGAAAAUAGUAUGGUUGAGGGAACAAUGCGUAAGCGAUGCAGGAAAGCCAGAAGAGCUGAAAGAACUGUGCCCUAAUUUGGAAGAAUUGGAUAUAUCUAAAAAUUUAAUAAAUUCAUGGAAAAUUGUAGCGGAUAUAUGCUCUCAGCUUCAUUCUCUUAUUCGUCUCAAUGUCAGUGAGAACCAUCUGCCUAUUGAAGAAGAUAUGAUGGCAUUGAAAAACUCAUUUUCAACAGUAAAACAUCUAAUCUUAGCCAAAAUGAAUUAUAAUUGGUCUGAUAUUCAGCAAUGUAUAUCCAUGUUUUCAUCGGUUGAAGAACUCUCAGUCUCUUUUAAUAUUGUUACAACUAUAGAAGAGACAAUAACAAACACUAAUUUAAUGAAAAUAACUACAUUAAUACUCGAAGGAAAUUUAAUAUCGAGUUGGAAUGAGAUACUUAAAUUAGGUUCCCUUCCAUGCUUAGAAUAUCUUAAUUUGAAUUCAAAUAAAAUAGAUAAAAUUAGGUUUCCAUAUUUAACAUCAAUGGACAAGACUGGGCUUUUUCCUUCUUUACGUCACCUAAAUAUUUCCGAAAACCACAUAUCAGAGUGGCAAUCAAUUAAUGAAUUAGAUAAACUGCCAAAUUUAGAAGACUUAAAAUUCAGAGAAAAUCCCAUCUUGAAAAAUGAAACUGUAGAGACUGCUCGACAGUUGAUAAUAGCAAGAAUAGCGAAUUUAAAAAUCUUAAAUGGUACAGAAAUAUUUCCUGUUGAAAGGAGAGGUGCUGAAUAUGAUUAUUUAAAACUAUAUCUACCAAAAUGGCUGGAAACAGAGAAAAGGAUAUCGUUUGUAAAUGAACAUCCACGAUAUCCUACACUAAUUGAUAAAUAUGGAAUUGCAAAUAUUCCCUCAAUUAAACCAAAAGUAGAAAUGGUUUCCAAUGUGAUAACAGUGGAGUUUGUAUGUCCAGAUGAUCCACGUCAGCCUAGAGGAAUUAAAAGAAAGUUACUUAAAGACAUGGAAGUCCAAAAAAUGAUCGGACUUGUCCAGAGACUUUUCAAAACUGGUGGAAAAAUACCUACUCUUUCAUUUAUUUCACAAGAUUUAUCAAAUGAUGAAAUUUCAUUGGAUAAACCAUUGCAAGAACUUAGUUAUUAUUCGAUUCAAGAUGGUGAUAAAGUUCUUGUAAGAUGGUGAUAUCAGCUAAAUUAUUUUUAGAUAUGGUUAUAUUUUGUACACUGUUAAAGAAAG